AUGGGCCGCCGCUGCACGAGCUUCCUCGGCUCCACGCUGAGUACUAACCCAGCUCAGUGGGAUGUGGAAGAGGAGCUGGGUCCGGGGUACCCUGACCUUCUUCCUCCUGCAGCAGGCCCGGCCUCCGGAGCCCCCAGCCCGCUGCUGGCCUCCCUGGCCCUGCCCGCCAGGCCUCUGCAACCCCCGCUGGACUUCAAGCACUUGCUCACCUUCCACUUCAAUGGCGCCACCCCGCUCAAUCUCUUCCCCAACUUCAGCACGAUGGACCCAGUCCAGAAAGCUGUCAUCAGCCACACAUUUGGGGUCCCCUCUCCCCUGAAGAAGAAGCUCUUCAUUUCCUGUAACAUCUGUCACCUGAGAUUCAACUCAGCGAACCAGGCCGAAGCACAUUACAAAGGCCACAAACAUGCCAGAAAACUCAAGGCUGUUGAAGCUGCCAAGAGCAAGCAGAGGCCGCAAACCCUGACCCAGGAUGAAACGCUGGCGUCCCCCACCCCGACUCCAGCCGGUGGAGCCCCCAAAGAGCUGCGCAGCAAAGUUCCUGCGGCCCCUCCUCCUGAUCCCGAAAUCCAGUCACCCCGGAGUCCAGAACCCACGCCCAGGGAGCCGGUCCCCUCAGACCUCUUGGAUGCUGUCUCCUCUUCCUCCUCUUCGUCUUGCCCACCCUGCUCCCCAGAGCCUGGGCCAGAGGCCCCAGAGCCUGAACCGGCAGCAGCUGCUAUGGGGAGCAGUGUGAGUGGGGAAGGCAGGGGCGAGAAGGGGCGCCUCUACUGCGCCACAUGUAAGGUGACCGUGAAUUCCGCCUCCCAGCUUCAGGCUCACAACACAGGAGCCAAGCACCGGUGGAUGGUGGAAGGUCAGCGGGGCGCUCCCCGCAGGGGCCGGGGCCGCCCGGUGCCCCGGGGAGGAGCUGGACACAAGGCCAAGAGAGUGACAGGGGGCCAGGGGGGGCGGCAGGGGCCCAGCCCCCCGUUCCACUGUGCUCUCUGUCAGCUCCAGGUCAACUCAGAGACCCAGCUCAAGCAGCACCUGAGCAGCAGGAGACACAAAGACCGUCUGGCCGGGAAGCCCCCCAAGCCCUCCAGCCAGCACAGCAAGCUGCAGAAGCACGCAGCACUGGCUGUGAAUCUCCUCAAGUCUAAACUGGCCUUGCAGAAGCAACUCACCAAGACCCUGGCAGCCCGCUUCCUGCCCAGCCCGCUCCCCACCGCGGCGGCAGCCAUCUGUGCCCUGCCAGGGCCCCUGGCCCUCCGGCCUGCCCCCACAGCGGCCACCACCCUCUUCCCAGCUCCGAUCCUGGGUCCAGCUCUGUUUCGCACCCCAGCGGGAGCCGUUCGCCCUGCCACGGGACCCAUCGUCUUUGCCCCCUAUUAGCCCUCCCAGUAGUCGCCCCUGCCUACCACCGGCCCUGAUCCCUCUCCCUGAGAUGCCUCAGUUCCCUCCAUCCCUCAGGAGAAUGCCUUGUACAGCCCUGGGGGUCUUGCCCAAUCUAGGAAGAGCUGGGCUAACGCUAAGAGCUGCUCUGCCCAGCCCUCAGUCUGCACUGGGGACUCAACUAAUGCCACCCUGGCCCACAGACCAUCCAUCUGCACCCUCCCUGCCUCUGGUGUCUAGGGCUAGUC